AUGGCCGGCGAUGAGAAGAAGAGAGAGCUGUUAAAGGGUCCAUUGAAGAAAACGCAAUGUCCCAAGGCGUCGGCUCCCACAACGACCAUCUACUUCGCCCAACCACAGACCCAAGACCAGCGCGUAACCGUUUUCGACUCAAGCAUUACGUCGGAGCCGUUUCUCGAUUCAGUGGUGCUUGAGAAUCUGAGGAAGAGACAGCAGAUGGAAAACGAGGCCGAGGGCGUCGGGCACAAUACGAGAUGA